AUUUUCUAUAUAAUUAAUAAAUUGUCUGUUUUCUUCCUAGCUGUACCUAUUUUAUCCUUUAAAAGGUUUGCAGGUCGAAAAUUUCAGCAAGAUUCACGCCAAAGACGUAGGCCUCCUGGUCUAAAAAGACUGGAUGGUGAUUAUGUAAGAAGAGGAGAAAUUCUUGUUUCACAGUUCUAUUUGAACUUUCAUCCUGGUCUAAAUGUAAAUAUUGACAACAAAAACACCUUGACUGCCAUGAGAGAAGGACAAGUUAUGAUGACAGUUGAAAAAAUAAAUCCAAAUCUAGAGCAUCAUGUUGCAGCAAAGUAUUAUGCAAAUAUGUCAGCACCUGUAGUGUAUAAAAGAUUUUAUCAUGUCAUACCUUUUGAACAAACUAAAAAAUUUAAAUUGGUCAACUUAGUGUAAAUUUCAUUAAAAUGUAUCCAAAUGAUUAAUAAAAUGGCUAGCCCAUGCUUUUAA